AUGUCGGGCGAGAAAAGUAGCGGCGUCUCUACAGAUGUUCGAGCCCCGGACUCAAGAGAGGAGAGCCACGACCAUGCAAAAGAGGUAGCCCGCAGGUCUUCCCAGCAGCGACGAAUCAUCAACCAGAAGGAUACCGAUGAUACGAGCUAUUUCUACAAUACGAAUAAGAAUAAGGUGCGGCCCCUGACCCCCGAGCUUGAGGGAAAGGUGGUCCGAAAGAAUUUCUGGUAUCUUCUGAUCCAGACGUGGUGGAUUUCAUUCCUCAUUCAUUUGGACAAAUCGACUCUCUCAUCGGCUAGUACAAUGGGGAUUUUCAAAGAUGUGCAGAUGACGAAAAAUGAGUACAAUCAGCUUUUCAUGCUUUUCUAUGCUGGUUAUCUCAUUGCGCUUUGGCCUGGGGCAUGGAUUUCCCAGCGAGUCGGGCACAAGUACUUCAUUACAGGGUCGCUGUUUCUUUGGGCUCUUUUGCUAGGUGUCCACCCGGCAGUGAAAACAGGAAAGCAGAUGAUGGCAGUGCGUUUCCUAUUAGGGAUGACAGAAUCGCAGAUCGUGCCGUCAACUGCUGUCCUCCACCAAGCAUUCUUUCCGCCGAAAAAGAGCCCCUGGGUGCAGCUACUUUGGUGGGCUUUUGGAAGCCUCGCCAAUGUUCUCCUGACAAUGAUAUCGUAUAAGCUGAUCAUCGACGAUGAUAAUGGGUCGCUGACUGGCAGUAUUUCCUCUUGGAAAUGGCUUCAUAUCAUUUGCGCGGUCCUGACAUUUGCCAUCUUUCUCCCUUUACUGAUAUUCCUCCCUAACUCGCCACUUGACGCAAAAUGGCUUUCGGUCGAAGAGAAGGUCCAUACCAUAGAGAUAAUUCGGGAUACUCAUGCUGGUGUUUCCAACUCGACGUUCAAGUGGUCGCAGGUUCGUGAGUCGUUCACAGACGUUAAGAGUUGGCUUUUCAUCUUCCAUAUGUUCUUCAACGAGCUUCCGAACAAUACGUCUCAGCAACUCCCUCUAAUCAUUGUCGGGUUCGGAUUCACGCCGGCAGAGAGCGCGUUAUUCAACAUCGUGAAGCCACUCUGGGGAUUUAUCCUAAUCCUUGCAUCAGCAACGCUGCUUUAUGGCACUGAUUUGGGAACUGGAUAUACGUGCGCCAUCUCUUACAUCCCAUGUCUCAUCGGGGGGAUAAUUGAGCUGUCUGCACCUUGGACUAACAAAAUCGCUCUGGUUGUCGGCACUCAGAUCUCUACAUUCAAGCCCUCUUACUUACUGGGAAUAAGCUGGGCGGGUACGACGACCACCGGCCACACCAAGAAGCUCUGCCUUAUGACUUCUUGCAUCGUCGCUGCAUCGGUCGCAAACAUGAUUUCGCCGGAAUUCUGGGAAGCAAAGUAUCAGCCGCGAUACGUCCUGCCGUGGGCGUUCAUGACCGCAUUCUGGUUCAUUUCUCCCGUCAUGUGCAUCAUCAUUCGUUUUUAUCUUCAACGCGAGAACAAAAGACGCGAACAGAUUCUAGCCCAAAGCGAGUCAGACUCUGAUGGAGAUGAGGUGAUUGACGCGGGUGGUGAGAUUGUCAAGAUCAGUGAUCGCGAUCAUGACUGUACGGAUCGACAGAACUUGAAAUUUAUUUAUCCACUGUAG